UCAAGCCUUGGCCGGCAAGUAACUCUUGAUUGACGGGACUCGUAUACAUGUUCGCAUAAUGCCGAUAAAUACUCCGUUGCGCGAGCCAUUUCAAUAAGCCAGCUGCGUAUAUACCGACCUGUCUACUUCGGCAAAGAUGAAUCGCGCUCCGCUUGUCGCCAGAAAAAUGCUUCAAUACCCCUUCGCGAGGGCCUAUUCAAGUGUUGUCCUCUCGUCUCUAGGAGUUGCAGCAGCGGUCGCAUCGGCCGCGACUUCGACCGUGGACGGCCCACACACGCGACCGGUAGUCAAGACCGCCAUCCCGGGCCCCAGAUCAAAGGCUCUUUUGGAGGAGAUGGGAAAGUCUUUAUCAACAAGCCAAGUUGCGUUCUUCACAGACUACGAACAAUCUUGUGGAAACUACAUGGUGGAUGCAGAUGGGAAUGUUUUGCUGGAUCUGCUGACUCAGAUUGGGUCUCUCCCGCUGGGAUACAACCACCCAGCAGUCAUGGCAGCUGUUUCAUCUUCCUCUGCCCUCACCCCACUGGUGACUCGUCCAUCGCUGGCAAUGUUCCCUCCCAGCUCCUGGCCUGAACUCGUUCAAUCAACUCUCCUACCACUCGCACCUCGAGGUCUCUCUGAAGUCACUCUCAUGAUGUGUGGGACGUGUGCCAAUGAGAACGCUUUCAAAGCUGCCUUCAUUAACUACAUGGAUGUCAAACGGGAGAAACCACUGACACCGGACUCAGAGGAAUACAGUUCAACCAUGCUCAAUCAGCCCCCUGGGUCUCCAAAACUAUCAAUCUUAUCGUUCAUGGGAGGUUUCCACGGCAGAGCACUGGGGACUCUGUCCUGUACCCAUUCCAAGCCAAUACACAAGCUGGAUAUACCGGCGUUUGAUUGGCCGGUGGCUCUGUUUCCACGGCUACAAUACCCGCUGGACCAGUUUGUGAGGGAGAACGAGAUGGAAGAGAAGAGGUGCCUCGCGGAGGUGGAGGAGAAGAUGGAAAAGGCAGCGAAGGCAGGUGAGCCUGUUGCAGCCAUCAUCAUAGAACCCAUCCAGGCUGAAGGAGGGGACAACCACGCUUCUCCAAAUUUCUUCAAGGGAGUGCAGAGCAUUGCCAAAAAGCACGGAGCGUCGUUUAUAGUGGACGAGGUGCAGACAGGGGGCGGAGCCACCGGAAUCACAUGGGCGCACGAGUCUUGGGGUCUGACAGAGCCGCCCGAUGUUGUGACUUUUGCAAAGAAAAUGAUAGUUGCUGGUUACUAUACCACUCUGGACAAGAGACCGAAAGAGGUCUCAUCACACUAUAUAAACAGUGUUAAUAGAGUGUCAGCAAUGCUGUGGUCUCUAGAGAUAUACUUCUCUAUCAGGGCUACAGGAUCUUCAACACGUGGAUGGGAGACCCGAUACGACUGGUGAUGUUGAAGGCAGUUGCAGCCGAGAUCAGAUCAAAAGAUCUCCUGUCUCAGUUCAGGGAGAGUGGAGAUGUCCUACUAUCUGGACUCAGGGAGCUGGAGGAGUGCUACCCCUUUCUGGUACACAGGGCCAGGGGCCAGGGUCCAUUCUGCGCCAUUGACUGCCACACCACCAAUCAGAGAGACACCGUCAUUUCAACGCUUCGCAGCAAAGGGUUUAAUCUGGGAGGGUGUGGGGAGGUGGGAAUAAGGUUCCGCCCUGCUCUAGUGUUUGAACCAUCCCAUGCCUCCCUUUUCCUAAACGCUUUUGAGGAUACUCUAGCAGAGCUCAGUCGCUGACGAUCCGUGAUCGCUUUCACUGAACACUCAUUGAUCUCUGAUCAAUUCAUGUGAUCCAUGAUCACACAUUCUCCGAUCAGUCAUGAUCCCCUGAUCACAUUUAUGAUCCUCACACAUUCUCCGAUCAGUCAUGAUCCCCUGAUCACAUUUAUGAUCCUCACACAUUCUCCGAUCAGUCAUGAUCCCUGAUCACAUUUAUGAUCCUCUCAAUCCAUGACCACAUUCUCUGUGCUUGUUGUGUUUAAAUCCAAGAUAAUAAUACUUGCUGAAACAUGCAUGUAUAAAACAAUAGAGAUGAGAUAAAAUGAAAUGGUAAUUCACAAGUGGAUCACUAUUUGGUGAGGAGUUCUUUGGUUGAGGAGUAGGAAGUGGAGGAUGCCUCGCUGCUGUGGGACACGCUCUCCUGGAGCGGGCUCGACUCCACCUCUCUCUCCUCCCUCCCCACCUCCUCCAGGACCACACUCACCACACUGGUAGCUCCGCCUUCUUUCACCACUCCCUUGUACCCCACCUGUGAAUACGUGUAUGGUACGUGUGUGUGUGUGUGUGCGUAAACCUCACAUGAAGACGGAGACUGUAUGGAUAUUGUGAGAGUUUGUAUUUUGAGCAACUGGUCACUACUUGCAAGGUAUGUAGUAGUGACACCACUUCUACCAAGGGUGUUACAGCAAAUAUCAGGAAGAAAUGUGUUGAUAAUGGAGCAGCAGCCCGAGGGGUUAUCA